AUGGGCAUUACACUCCUUUCAUUUUGUUUUCUUAUUUUGGCUAAUGUUGAGUGUGGUAAUCCUAUUUAUUUUAACAUUGGCGGGGUUUUGAGCAACAAUGAAAGCAUUUCACAUUUCAAAGAGAUCAUAGCUCAUUUAAAUUUUGUACAUCAGUAUGUACCAAGAGGUGUUACUUAUUAUGCCACAGCUAUGAAAAUAGAUGCUAACCCUAUUCGGACUGCGUUGAAUGUUUGUAAAUUAUUAAUAUCACAGAGAGUAUAUGCUGUAGUUGUUUCUCAUCCUCUAACUGGAGAUCUUAGCCCUGCUGCUGUCUCAUACACUAGUGGGUUCUAUCAUAUCCCAGUUAUAGGGAUUUCUUCAAGAGAUUCAGCCUUUUCAGAUAAGAACAUACAUGUUUCCUUCCUUCGCACAGUUCCACCUUACUCACACCAAGCUGAUGUUUGGGUUGAUCUACUGAAACAUUUCAAUUAUUUAAAAGUAAUUUUCAUUCAUAGUUCAGAUACUGAUGGUCGAGCUAUACUUGGAAGGUUUCAGACAACUUCACAAAGCCAUGACGAUGAUGUAGAAAUCAAAAUACAGGUGGAAUCUGUUAUUGAGUUUGAACCUGGUUUAAACAAUUAUACAGCUCAACUAUAUGAAAUGAAAGAUGCCCAGGCUAGAGUUUAUUUAUUGUAUGCCAGCAAAAAGGAUGCAAAUGUAAUAUUUAAAGAUGCUGCUGCCCUUAAUAUGACCUAUGCUGGUUAUGUUUGGAUUGUAACCGAGCAAGCUCUUGAUGUUCAAAAUGUACCAAUAGGAGCUAUUGGUCUAAAGCUAGUACAUGCUACUGAUGAAAGGGCUCAUAUUCAAGAUUCAAUUUAUGUUCUUGCAUCCGCACUAAGAGGGAUGAAUCAAACCAAAAAUAUUACUGAAGCUCCAAAAGACUGUGAUAAUUCUGGAUCAAUUUGGGAAACUGGUAAAACAUUAUUUGAAUAUAUAAGGAACCAAGUUCUGAUUAAGGGUGCUACAGGAAUGAAAGUAGCUUUUGAUGAUAAUGGUGAUAGAAUCAAUGCAGAAUAUGAUAUUGUUAAUGUACAAGGUCCUAGUAAUCAUACUUCUGUUGGUACCUAUACUUAUGAUCCAAAAACUGAUAAAAUGCGAUUAGCCAUUGCUGACAAUAAAAUCAUUUGGCCUGGAAAAGUUCACACCAAACCGGAAGGCUUCAUUCUGCCUACUCAUCUUAAAGUUCUGACUAUCGAAGAAAAACCAUUUGUAUACACUCGGCUACUUAAAGAUGACGAUAAGAAUUGUACUGCUGAUGAAAUAAAGUGCCCUCAUUUUAAUAGCACAAAUGAUCCAGGAGAAAUGUACUGUUGCAGAGGUUUUUGUAUGGACCUUUUAAAAGAACUGGCUCGGACGAUUAAUUUUACUUUUGACCUGGCUUUAUCUCCUGAUGGUCAAUUUGGGAAUUAUAUAAUAAAAAAUAGUUCUGCUGGUGGAAAAAAAGAAUGGACUGGCCUCAUCGGAGAACUUGUAAAUGAUAGAGCUGAUAUGAUUGUUGCUCCACUUACUAUAAAUCCAGAAAGAGCAGAAUUUAUUGAGUUUAGUAAGCCAUUCAAGUACCAAGGAAUUACGAUUUUAGAAAAAAAGCCAUCUCGUUCAUCAACACUAGUGUCAUUUCUUCAACCAUUUUCAAACACCUUGUGGAUAUUAGUUAUGGUUUCUGUCCAUGUUGUCGCUCUCGUGCUAUAUCUGCUUGAUAGAUUUUCUCCUUUUGGAAGAUUUAAACUUGCUAAUACUGAUGGUACUGAAGAAGAUGCUUUGAAUCUAUCGAGCGCAAUUUGGUUCGCCUGGGGAGUUCUUUUAAACAGUGGCAUUGGUGAAGGAACACCAAGGAGUUUUUCAGCACGUGUCCUAGGAAUGGUUUGGGCAGGAUUCGCCAUGAUCAUUGUAGCAUCUUAUACUGCCAACUUGGCAGCUUUCCUUGUGUUGGAGAGACCAAAGACAAAAUUAUCUGGAAUCAAUGAUGCUCGGUUGAGGAAUACAAUGGAAAAUCUGACGUGUGCUACUGUUAAAGGGUCUGCUGUGGACAUGUAUUUUAGAAGGCAGGUGGAACUGUCUAAUAUGUAUCGAACUAUGGAAGCUAACAAUUAUAAUACUGCUGAAGAAGCAAUACAUGAUGUUAAAAUUGGGAAAUUGAUGGCUUUCAUAUGGGACAGUUCUCGGUUGGAUUUUGAAGCUGCACAAAACUGUGAACUUGUAACUGCUGGAGAACUGUUUGGAAGGAGUGGCUAUGGUAUAGGUUUGCAAAAAGGAUCUGCUUGGGCUGAUGCUGUUACACUUGCCAUACUUGAUUUUCAUGAGAGUGGUUUUAUGGAAAGCUUGGACAAUAAAUGGAUACUGCAAGGAAAUGUGCAACAGUGCGAACAAUACGAGAAGACACCUAAUACUCUUGGAUUAAAAAAUAUGGCUGGCGUGUUUAUAUUAGUCGCCGUUGGUAUUCUUGGAGGGAUAGCCCUUAUUAUAAUCGAAAUGGCUUAUAAGAAACAUCAGAUCAGGAAGCAAAAGAGGAUGGAACUUGCAAGACAUGCGGCUGAUAAAUGGAGAGGAGUUAUAGAGAAAAGAAAAACAUUGCGUGCUACAAUCGCUGCACAGAGGCGUUUAAAAUCCAAUGGUCUUCCAGAAACAGGUGUUAGCCUAUCCGUCGAAGCACUUCCUCGUGGAGUCAUUGAUCUUCCAAGCCCUGUGAGGGCUUGGUCAGGGAUGAGACAGCGAGGAAUUUCUGAGUUGCCAAACCUACCUGCAUAGAAAGUCUCCUGCAGUUAAGUUAUUCAGAAUAAUUAAUCAGUCCAAAGAGAGCCUAGUUAGAAUGGUUUGUUCACCAUUUUACUGAUUCCUGCUUCACCUCAUUAUUCCUUCAAUUUAUUUAGAAUAAUUAUUGUUAUAAUUUUUUGUUUGUUUGUGUAUAUGUACAUAAACACACAAAAAUGGGAAAGGUUGAUGUUAAUUAUUAUUAGAAACCAUAUCAUCGUUAUCAAUCAGCCUACUUGUUAUGCAAUCUGGAGUAUAUACACCAUAGUUCUCAUGAAUGUUUUUAUUAGCAAAUAUUUUAUUUUUUUCAUUAUAUUUUAAUUUUCUAAUAGAAUUAUAUCAAACAUAAUAACAAUUUGGACAUGUUAGGAAGAAAUUGGAUAAUAAUCAAUGUUUUAUUGGAAAAUUAAAGAUACAUUUAUCAUUAUUAUAUAAAAAUAAUAUUAAAAAUUGUGAUGGAUUUGUUAAGAUAUUAAAAUUAAUAUAUAAAUAGAUAGUGUUUAUUUUUAACAAUUUCGGUAUAUCGGAAAUAUUUUAAGCAAAAUCAGUGAUAUGAAAAAUACUCUUUUAAAUGUUGGUCCUAUCAAGAACAUUAUUGUCUUUAAAAAAAUGUCCAUACAUUUACUAUUUGUUCAAUUCUGGUUCUUAUAUUGAUAUAUCAAACCAUUUUUCUUAAUUUUUGGUAAGAAAUUCCUUUUUAAUAAGAAAAUAUUUUUAAUAUAAGAAAAUUUUAUUUUAUAUUAUUACUGGUACAUCGUUUUUUUUGCGACAUUUCUGAGCUUUUAAAAAAAAUGAAUAUAGUUCCUUUUUAAUCUUUAUUGAAAUAUUCGUACAGGGAAGAUGAUACUUUAGGUAGGAAGAAUAUUUUUAUUUUUAUUGGAUUGUUAAUAUUAAGUUUUCCUGGGUCUGAAUUUGUUAAAAAUGAUAUGAUAAUUUAUGACUCAUUUGUGACAUAAUGUUUUUCAACUUCCUAUGUUACCAGCUAUAGUUUUCUUAAACGUAUUUAGUGUUUAUUCAUUUCUUUAAUUUAUUACGCU